UUCUGAAAUUUUCUUACCCCGGUACUCCCUGGUGUUAACUGGGCACUCAAUUUGUAGAAUAAAAUAAAAUUUAGUGCUGCCAAAUUUGUCAGCUGAACGGGGCGGCAUGGAUUUCAGUGCUGGAGUGGGGGUCAGACGGCCCGGGGCUUUGUGUCCUUAGAGGCCAGCGGAAGCGCCGCAUACCUGCGAGAAAUAACGUGAGCCGGUGCUUAAAUUUCCUGGGUUAGUGCUACUGGACUGAAUGCAUUUGCAAUAACCGGACGCAGAAAAAAAAAAAAAAACCGGGGACCAGGGGAGGCGAACCCCUUCCCAGCGCGAGUCUGAACGUCUGAGAAGCAGAAGCCACAAGUCCCGGCGACCUAAGUCCUGGAUCCGCCGGCCCGAACACCCGCGUUAGCAUUUACAAUCCGGGGUGAGCUGAAGCUUCCGGUUGCCCCGGUUCGACGCUCUAGCCCUGCGAGCUGCAGACGCCGGAAGUCUCGACUGCUCCCCGCUGGCGCGCCGGACCGCGGUCAUUUACCCGUGUCCCCCCACGCCUGGAAGAACUGCUGACACUCUCCACAGCGUGGUGGUUCUGUUGCUCACAGGACAACUUGCCUUUGCUGAUUUUGAAGAGAGUUGUGCUAUGAUGUGGCAAAAGUAUCCAGGAAGCGGGCAGUCAAUUCCUCUGAGAAUAAAGGUCCUUUUCGGCGGUGUGUUCGGUACUGGGAGCUUUGCCCUUGUGUAUUACCUCAUACAAAAGUUUCAUUCCAGGGGUUUAUAUUACAAGUUGGCAGUGGAGCAGCUGCAGAGCCAUCCCGAGGCACAGGAAGCUCUGGGCCCUCCUCUCAACAUCCAUUAUCUCAAGCUCACCGAUAGGGAAAACUUCGUGGACGUCGCUGAUGCCAAGUUGAAGAUUCCUGUCUCUGGAUCCAAGUCAGAGGGCCUUCUCUACGUCCGCUCCUCCAGAGGUGGCCUCUUUCAGAGGUGGCACCUUGACGAGGUCUUUUUAAAGCUCAAGGAUGGUCAGCAGAUUCCUGUGUUCAAGCUCAGUGGGGAAAACGGUGACGAAGUGAAAAAGAGUAGAGACGACCUAGAAGACCCAGCAGGCCCAGCGUGCUUCUAGUCCAUCCUUCCCUCAUCUCUACCAUAUGCCCACUGGGGUGGUGGCCCAUCUGAGUGGCAGACACUCCUGCAACCCAGUUUUCCAGCCACCAGCGGGAUGAUUGUAUGUGCCAGCACAUGGUAAUUUUGGUAUAAUUCCAACUUGGGCACAACGAAUGCUAUUUGUCAUUUUUAAACUGAAUCCGAAAGAAACCCCUAUUACAAAUUUAAGAUAAUUGAUUUGAAAGUGCUUUGUAUAAAAAAGCAAAUGAUAAAAGGAAUCAGAAUUAAUGAAAUGUUUGUUGAUCUUU